GUCAUUCUACUGUCAUCUUUACUGUCAUCUUCAACCGAUCCGAGCAUACAAAUUUGUGAUGUAUCCUGCGCCGCUCGUUGGUGGUUUGAAACGGAACGGCUACCAUCUUGGCCCAAAGAUAGGCAGCGGUAACUACUCCACCGUACGACUGGCGACGCAUAUCGGUCGUGAUGGUAAGAAUAAGCUUUGGGCUUGCAAAAUCGUCGACCUGGCCAAGUGCAGCGAACAGACGAGGGAAAAGUUCUUUCCGCGCGAGCUGGACAUUAUGACGCGCGUCAAACAUCCUCACCUACUGAGGGUGCAUUGUGUGGUGCGAUGCAACGAGUGCGUCUACAUAUUUAUGCCGUACGCCCGGCGUGGAGAUCUCUUCCAGUACAUCAACAAGCAUGGACCGUUGCGGGAGCCUCAAGCAAAGGAAUGGUUCGCGCAGCUCCUGCAGGCCGUCCACUAUCUCCACUCGAACGGCAUCGCGCAUCGGGACGUAAAGUGUGAAAAUCUGAUGAUCACCGACGACGGCAAGCUGCUGCUGGGGGAUUUCGGUUUCGCCAAACAAUGCUGGUCAGUGGAGCCGCCCGCCAGCUGCGGCACACGGCACCAUUGGUCGGAAACGUUCUGCGGUUCGGCCUCCUACGCCGCUCCGGAGGUGAUCACCGGACAACGGUACGACCCGAUGGUGGCCGACCUCUGGUCGAUGGGUAUCGUGCUGUUUAUGAUGCUCAACGGUGCGCUCCCAUUCCGCGAGCCGAACAUGAAACAAUUGGUCAAACUACAAACCGAACGACGCUACUGCUUCGAACCUCUGCUACCGAAGACUCCUUCGGCCGCCGCUAAGGCGACGAUCGACCAUCUGCUUCAUCCUGAUCCGGCGCAAAGAAUUCAGAUGGGCGCGUUGAGGAAGCUGAGCUGGGUAACGGGAAGCCCCCGGCACACCAAAUGAAGCCACUCUAAGGCAGAACCAACCGCUUUUUUGCCAAUUUGAAACAUUACCGGAACUGUUCAAUAAUACACCGCUCAAAAUAAUA